AUGGAGGCGCCUCUGCAGAGCCAGACACCGCCUGCUGGGCCCUUGACACCCACACCCGCCGAUGAGAAGAAGAGGAGCUUCUGGGGAGGUUUGCUGCGGAGGGUGAGCACGCCGAGCACCAAGCCCCCACGGCAGCCGCUGAGGGAGCCCAGACGGAUCAGCGAUCCACCACCGCGAAGGGAGCGACGGCGGUCUUUUACGCAUGAGACUCUCGCAGGACCGUCGCGACGUGCGACCGCACAGCCGCGGGAGCCGCAGAACGGACAGAACGGACAGAACGGACAGCACGGACAGCACGGACAGCACGAACACCAGGCGGAUGAGCCAAGGCAGGAGAACGAGGCCCCGCGCUCGAGGAAGAGUCGAGGGAAGCGACCGGCGGUCGAGAAUGGACACCGGACACCGUCGCCUGCAACACUCACGACAUGGCCGCCCGCGGGCGUGCCAGAGCACGAGGACCUCACGCCGCGUCAGGCCGCCGCUUGGAUAGUGCGUGGUGCGCCGAUAUUCAAGGGCCACAAGAGGGCCAUACCGCAUAUGCCAGAGCAAUACUACGCCCUGUACACGACGACGAGCGGCAACCGAGAUGCGGGGAGGGAUGGCGCGGACGACCACGAUUCCAUGACACAGCUCAUGUCUCUACGAUUGCAGGGCAAGGAGAAGGCGCAGUUUCCGUGGGAGACGCUGGAACAGCCAAGCUACGCAUUCCACUACGGGUACUUGGGCGGCACCAUCACCUUGAACCAGUGGAUGUGCGUGGCCAGCGCCCUGCCGCCUACGAUUGCACUGCGAGAUUCAGGCAUCGACCCACGACCCAUGGAUCUGCACAAGAUCUUUGAACGGCUGCGAGAGCUGCGCGCCGGGUUGGAAGACGACGACCCAGACCUACUCUACAAGAUCUUAUACAGGAGGAUACUCCGCGACCCGGACCGCAUCCUGCACCCGCACAAGUCCCUGGAUAAACAGAUCACAGACCUCAUCCUCGUCCUCUCGCGCCCGGACUGGAUCGACCUGAGCAAUCCGCGCAACCACGUCGUGACUCGGUACAUCUUCGACAACGGGCAGGAAGGAUUCGAGGAGACGUACAGAAAGUUCUUCCACCAGGUCCUCCUGAGCUUGGAGCUGGACAUGCGGAUCCAGAGCGACCAGCACGGCGAGUGGGCCAAGGAGAAACUGCUGGCGCAGAUGCCGCCCAUCAUCCUGUGGGACCUGGCGCUGGCGCGGCGGUGGAAGGAGAAUGUGCGUGUCGAGCAGGCGGGCAGGACACCGGGCGAGGUGCAGCUACGCUACAAACUGAAGAAACGGCAGGUCAGGCUGCUGAAACGGUUCGCGCAGACGAUGAAGUGGCCCAAUCUGCACGAGACCCUAGAGACGUUGAGGAGGAAGGACAAGGAAUUCGCCCUCGACGACAUCAGCUCGGACGCAUAUGCCUUCUUUAGCGGUCUUGUCAUGCCAGGCCCCACCUUUCCCUUCUUGAUCAUGAACACGCUCCUCGACCUGGACCCGGAUCCCGCCACGGACGAGCUCGCUCUGCUCACGCACACGCAUCCGAACUGCGGGUUUCAGUACCGCAGUAGCUACACGUACUGGUCAGCGAGCUGCAUCGUCGGCAAAGUCCUCGCGCCCACGUGUCACUCCCUCGCGGGAUGGGUCGGCCCAGCACGACCAACGCCUGACCUUGCGCGCUCCCAGAUUGCGCGUAUCCGCACGAGGAAACCACGCCAGAGGCCGCGGGUGGAAGAUAUCGAGAGCAUGCAGGAGCGCUCCGAACCACUCGGUCCAGAGGCCGAGGUGUACCCUGUCCAGGAAUUCCAGCUGGACCGCGUGGAUGCGGAGGACGUUGACAUUGUGCGCAUCGAAACCCUGGGUCUGCGCGCGGCGGCGACCGCGGUCGGGGAGGGCGAGCGAAUGAAUGGCCCUCGGACGUUCGACGCGACGCUCCAGUUUGCGAUUGACGGUACGUCCUGGCCUCUGCGGCUCAUGUUCGACGUCUCCUUUGUGUCGGCCUGUCCCUGCAGUGAUGGUCCGCACCCUCUCUUCUUCGACUAUGCAUAUCACAAGAUCUUUGUGGAGGACAUUAUGGAGAUACAGGACUGGGGCGGCGUGUACAGACCCAACGCCGCGAAGCGCAGCAUCGAGGACGAGGAGAAGGUGCUCGCUGUGCAGGCCCUGGGCGUCCAGGACAAUGAGGUCCUGGCGAGGGCAUGGUGUGCCCACUGGGGGCUCAGUGCGGUUGUGGCGGACGUACGGCGGACGUGCAUGUCGUGCGCCAUUCGUGAGGCGUAUGCCGCGACGUUGACAGUCGUCAUUCUCGUCGAGGGCCAGACGGGCGACGACGACGAUGACAGGGUGGACAACUGA